CGAUGGAGCGGGACCUGCUCCGCCAGGCGCUCGGCUCCCACGGGCCCGCGCUGCUCUCCCUCCUCCGGGCCGAGCAGCGCGACCACCCCGACUUCCGCGGCCUCCUGCCACCCGGGGGGGCCGGACUGGAGGCGCUGCCUCCCGCCAGGAAAGAAAGAGGAAUAGAUAACGUUGAAAUACAGCACUUCAUUGCUAAAAAAGCUGAUCUCCUUUUUUCUCAUUCUUGGAAAACAAAUGUGCCAACAACAACAGAAGCAAAUGAAGAAAAUGAAGAUUAUUACGCUACUAUGCCUCCUUUGGAGCAGUUCAUGGAUAUUCCCUGUGCAGAGAGGAGAGAGCUGUUUUUCCGUGAUAUUGAACGUGGAGACAUAGUGAUCGGACGAAUUAGUUCUAUUCGGGAGUUUGGUUUUUUCAUGGUGCUGUUCUGCCUGCGGAGUGGCGUCAUCCGGGAGGUGGCAGAUUUAGAAAUCACCGCACUUUGCCCACUGAGAGAUGUGCCUUCCCAUAGCAGCCACGGCGACCCCUUAUCAUAUUAUCAGACGGGUGACCUCAUCCAAGCUGCCAUCAAGGAUAUCGAUCGCUAUCACGAAAAGCUCACCGUGUCGCUGCACAGCUCUGCUCUUUCUCCCAGCCUGGCAAGUACCAAAUUAGGAGUAAUCAGCUCGGAAGACUUGCCUCUGCACUACAGGAGGAGCGUUGAAAUAUCCAGUGGUUUGGAAACAUUCGAAAAAGUUCUGCAUCACUCCUUGGGCUUCACCAAUCCAGCAGUAGUUGAGUUUCUGGUAGGCAAACUAGGACUGAGUGAAUCCAGCCCACCGUCCUUAAUGAGAAGACUCGAAAGCAAAAAUUUCAAUGAAGAGGAUUUUGCCCCUGCCUUGCGGAAAAAGCAGUCAGCCUCAUGGGCCUUAAAAUGCGUAAUGAUUGGUGUUGAUUAUUUUAAAGAGGGCCGCCAUGUGGAUGCCAUGAAUGAGUACAACAAGGCCUUGGAGAUAGAUGCACAAAAUGUCGAAGCCUUAGUAGCCCGUGGGGCACUAUAUGCAACGAAAGGAAGCCUAAAUAAGGCAAUCGAUGAUUUUGAAAUUGCUUUAGAAAACUGUCCCACCCACAGAAACGCACGAAAAUAUCUCUGUCAAACGCUUGUUGAACGGGGAGGCCAGUUGGAAGAGGAAGAUAAGCUGUUAAAUGCUGAGAGUUACUACAAGAAGGCUUUAAGCAUAGACGAGACGUUUCAAGAAGCCGAGGAUGCCUUGUUGAAACUUCGUAAGCAGAUGCAGAAAUCUCUGGAAAUGAGAGAGAAACAAGCUGCUAAAGAAGAGAGACAGAAAGAGAAGAAAAUAGAGACAAGUGUGGAAAAACUGCGUAAGCUCUUAAAAGAAGAGAAAAGGUUGAAGAAGAAAAGAAAAAGAUCAACUUCCUCCUCCUCUUCCUGUGAUACUUCAUCUGAUGAAUCCACUUCCUCCUCCUCCUCUUCAGAUCACAAAAAGCACAAGAAAAGGGAUCGGAACCGGUCCGAAUCCUCACGCAGCUCUAAGCACACACCUAGGAGCUCCUUAAAUCAGAGCAGGAAUGACGACUGUUAUUCUCCCCCAGCCAAUACCUCCGCUUCCUUCCUUAAUCAAAAGCAUGAAAUGGAGAAACUGUUGGAGAAGGACAGGCUAGCUCCUCAGAAGCCAGACGGGAGAGACAGGAACAGGUAUUGCUCUCUCUCGAGGACUUCUGCUGACGACGAGGAAGCUUACGGAGGUAGGUCUGAAGAGUCCAGGGAUUCCUGUAGCAACUCCAAGGUUCAGGCAAAUAGUAGCAGAGGUGAAAAACAGGGUAAGGUAGACAGAGUUCCCUCGGAUAGGUGGGAUAGCGCCGGUCCCCAUCGCAGAAAGUCUGAUGACAGAAACAAGACGCGCUAUUCGGGAAAGUUAGACAAAGACAGGGGGAGGAAGGAACCAUAUCGGAAGCACAGCCCAGGCCAAACAAAGUAUCCCGCAUCUCCAGCAGGGUCCGAUUACUCCACCAAGUCAGCCGAGCACUACAGGCAGUACACCAGCCGCUGGAUAAACGAGUCCAGCCGGUACAGUGCCGACAGCAGACCCGAGCUGGCACGGAGUCGGAGAGAGAGAGAACCUCAGAGCAGAGAAAAAGAUCCUGCCAAAGACGAGGCAGACGAGGAAGCUGCCCUCAAUGGCAAAGAGCAGCCAGGGAGUGGCACUAGGAAAAACCUGCCUCAGAAUCUACUCAACAUAUUUAAUCAGAUAGCUGAAUUUGAGAGAGAGAAAGGAGGCAAGCAGAAAAACCAAUGA